AUGGGCGGCUACCUGGGCAAAGCGGGGUCCUCUCCGCGGUCCCCAGCACAGGGGCGCGCAGACGCACGAGAGAAGCCUGCGACCCGCCGACCGGCUAGGCCCCUCUACCAGAUCCACCGGGUGCAGCAUGUCCACCGCGCCCAGCCCGCCCGGCGACACAGGCCGGCCCGGAGGCCGCCCAACUGGGAUCCCGCCAAUCCCGCCGCCUUCGUCAGUGAGGCCUGGAGGCGCUUUCCCAUGAAGAGGCCGCAGAACCCCAUCAUGGGGUCUCUUCCUUCAGACUGGUGGGAAAGUUACCUCAAACGUAACAUUUGGUCCCUUCGUCACCCGAGGGCCACAUGGAGUCCGGUGACAGUCAAGAUCUCACCGCCUGAGCGGAGACCACGGCCCUUGUUCUCGGUCUCAAAAGUGAUUAACUCCGCGGGACCCUCAGAGGAGUCACCGGGAGAGUGUGGAAAAAGCCCGGUACUGAAGGCUCUCUUCAAGUGCAGGAAGGGGAGAGCCAGGAGGGAAGAGCCACUGUUCCCGGACAGCUCGGACAGUAAAAAGAAUUCUGCCACCCCUGGGUCCGCCUUUAAGCCCCUGUUGAAAAACGGAGCCACAGUUUCAUUUGUGGCCAGGCCUGGAUCUCUGAAAAGGGGCCUUCCCGCCCAGAGCUCAGAUCAUAAACGUAAGAAGUCCAGUUGCUCCUCCGUGGCGCUCUUGGCCAGCGUACGCACACGCGGGCCCCCCAGCACUAAAAGAAAUGCUAUUACCAGCUCUUACAGUUCUUCCAGCUAUCUCUCAGAGUCUUGGAAACGACAUUUUUCCAGGACAUCAAUCCAAACUCCAGAAUGGCCACUGAAAAAGACAGGGAGAAAUCCUAAUCCUCACCCGUUAGUUACACCCGGCAGCUCUGGGCAGCCCAACAGCGAGAUUCCUUGCCUGCAAUCUGGUCCUAGGGAUCCGUUGACCACGCCUUGCCAGCAAGGCUGUGUUGUCACUGAAGAGGACCCGACCUCAGAAAGGCAAGCUGGGCCAAACAAACCAACCACAGAAGCGACAACUGGGAUCGUCACAGACUCCAUUCCUGAGACCAGUACUGAGCCUCUCCUGUCUCUCAGUCGGCCUUCUUCUGAGACAGUACUCGGUACCCACAGGAGUCCUCAGCGGGAAAGCUCGAAGAGCAUGCCUGUCCCGGCCGGGUGCUCACAGUUAGAGCACCUUCAAGGCAUCUCCUCAGACUCAAAACCCUCAGCUGUUUCCAUCCAGGUGUCUCCAAGCUCUCCCACAGCACCAGUCCCCGAUUCCACCAGGCCAUCUUCAACCCCUCCCAGGUCUGCAGCGCCCCCACCCCCAUCUGUCAUGAUCCCCACUGCACCUACCACACAAAACACUCUGCUUGGGGUGGUGAGUAGCCCAAUUCUCCAUCUUCCUGAAUUUGUACUUCCUGCGGAGACUUCUGCUCACUCAGCAUUAGGACCUGUUUGGGGGUCUGUGUACAGUAGUGACUCUUCAUAUUCCAGAAUUUCUGUCAUGGCUGGGGGGCCAUCAUCCAGCUCUUCUUUUUUUACAGCUCCAAGCAUCUUAAAGUCCACCUUCAAGCCAAUCUUUGGCAGUGUAGGACCACUUACAACCAUGCCGAUGACAGCCCCUGUGUCCGCUAAGCAGGCCUCUCCUUCGCUGACUUCUGCUUCUACCUAUUUCUUCCAUGGCCUAGCCACAGCCUCCUCUCUGGUCACAUCUGCCAUCCCAGUCAGCACAUCCAAAGACCCUGGUGUGGACUUGAAUCUAGUAACUAGCACCACGAGCAAUUCUUAUUCUGUCCCUUCCUGCCAAGCUUUCCUGCUUGGGGCUUCCCAGGGCUUUCCCCCGGCCACCGAUUUUAUUUUCCCAUGCCAGCACCCUGCAGUUUCCACUGUACACACGGUCACCAUCUUUAGCCAGGUCCUUACUAGUGCCAUCCAGAUAUCCCCUCUUAGAAGCACCACUAAACUGAAGGGGGUGAGUGGACCUCUGCCAACUUUAGGCUUAUCACCCAUAAACCAGCCUACAGUGACCUCAAGCAUCUCCAAUGUGACUUCAGCACUCACAACAUCUUUGAGAUCAAGCCCAACAUCAUCUUUCCCACCAUCCCAGAAAAGUACUUCCCAGUCUUCACCUGGGGCCACAGACGGCCAGAAGCAAUGUUCUCUCCAAUUAGCUCCUGUCCCAAGCUUUAGUACCUCUUUCCUUUCAGGGAACUCAAUUGUGUCCCCAACCCAGAUGCCACCUCCUGCUCAAAUGGUUCUCAGCAAGACUAUACCACCAGUUUCUGGGGGGUUGGCAUCUUCAGCUUCCAUUAUUCACACUUCUGCCAGCAUCCAGUCAGGUUUUGGCAGCAUGCUAGCUGGUUUUCCAUUCAGUGAAGCUAGCUCAGCCACCCUUGGGGUUGUUAGACAGAACCACCAGAGUCGAGCCUACAGCUCAGCAUUUGGCAGCACAGCCCCGAAGCCUUUUGCAUUUGGAGGAUUAGUGACCCCUAUGGACUGUGGAGAGCCUGAGGUCAUUGUGGCUGCUCCACAGAAAAGCAUGUCUGGUGCAAGACAGGGUGAGACCUCAAGCACCCUAGCACCCUUUGUGCAAUGUUGGAACCAGAGCAUGCAGGGCCUCCCAAGUCAGAUUACACCUUUGGCUAGUAUCACUGCAGGAAAGACCACGUCUGGGGCCCCCUCUCCGGUCCCUUUUGUUCAGAGUACACCUCCACCCGGAGCAAUUAAGGCAGGUAGCAGUCUAGACUUUGGGAUGUCCUCUCCAACUGUGCAGGGUUCUGUGGGGAAAGAUUCUAUCAGAUCACGGACGCCUUCAUUCUGUAUUGGUACAAAAUCGAAAACCGCAAGGAAUCGGGAGCCAGGGCGUUCCCGAAGACAUCACACUUACAAGAAGUAG